UUGGUCGUCUGGCAACUUCAAGCCGUGAAUUUCUCCCCGCGAGUUUGAGUUUGAGUUGACAAAAGUUUCGUCCCCGUUCAAGUCGCUUUGGAAUUCCACCGAAAUUAGUGUACCUUGGCCAGAAGAGGAUUAACGGACGAGUCGAGAAUCAAGUGAGUGUGUGUGCGGGUGUUUGUGCGUGAUUCCAGAGUGGACGCAGAAGGUUUCCCGGAGGGCUGCCACCAGUGCAAGCCAGUCAGUCAGUCGGUAGUGACUUUGGCCGUAAAUGAAUAAUUAAUGGAAAAGAUGAGGCGCCGCGUCAACUUUAGUUUUAUUAUAGGAAUAUGGCUAGUGUUAGUUGGCAUCCAAAGCAGUCAGAGUGAGAAUGCUGAACCAAGAGCAUUAGAUUUGUCAGUUCCAUGGAGACCGAUUCCGUACCACGUGCCCCAGCAGCAGCUGAUUAGUGUGGCCAGCUUUGACACGACCAGCAAGGACGAGCUAGUCCAUAUCGCGCAGCACAACGCGCAAAUCCUGAAGCACUACAACCAGCCCAUCACGCAGUACCACAACCAGAACAACCUGCAGGUCCAGCAUGCCGGCCCGAAGCAUCAGAUGCAGCAGCAGCCGCAGCAGCAGCCGGGUCAAACGCCCGGUCCCAAGUACAUGACGACGCCGCUGCUGUUGACCAACGUGAGCCCGGGCGGAGCCGGGGCCAUGCAAACCCAGUCCCGGCACGCCGGCAAACCGUUCGGCGUCAAGUCGGACCAGAUCACCACGCUGAACAUUGUCCACUCGUCAACGCCCAAGAUUGUGACCCCAAUUGGCGGUGGUGCUGGCGGUUCCAACGUCCCGGUUGGCCAUCUGUCUCCACCGGGAGGCGGCAGCGGCGUCAAGGCAGGCAAAUUCAAUGGCCAGUUUAGAGAUUCCGUACUCAACACAGGGCCCGGGAAUCACCAAAAGUCCACAAUGAAGCCGCACCCGGUUAUGAACAAGCUGCAGGCUCACAUGGCCGGAGUGCAGGGGUUCCGAGGCCCCAAGCAACCGAUCGCCGCGACUUCGAACCGACUGGAGCACUAUGUCACGCCGAAUCAUCUGUACGGCACCUACAUCCAGUUCGGUCAGGCGUCCAACCCGCUGCAGUCAGCGAAAACCAAAUUCAUCAGCCAACUCGCCAGCCAUCCUAGCUUUGAUGCCCAGCUCAAAGGUUUACUGCAUGCUGGCGUAAAUGGCGGCUACCAGCAGACGUUCACCCACAUCAAAAACCUCCAGAAGAUGAAUUUUAUGCAGCAGCAGAACAAACUGCAAAACUACUUCAACCACAUUCCGGCCGACGUUGAUCUCCCGAAGAAAUUGCUUUCUUCCGCGGAGAAAGAUGCAAACAAGUUUACCGUAACGCCAUCCACCCCCCUGUUCCCUCACAUCCCACCCAGCGUCCUGACACCAUUCUUCCAGCAAGUCCAACAGCAACAACAGAACAAGUUCGGUUUCAGCCUCAAAACUCAACAUCCAGCACCACCUGCAGCUUCUCCCUCUCCAACCAUGCACGGGUUCAAAGAGAAACCCUACAAACAUCACCAGCAGCAACCCCAACUACAGUACGAUUCCCACCAGGUCCACCCAAAUCAAUACCAAGGUUUCAAGGAAAGCCAAGGACACGAUUCGUUCGGAUUCACCUCGUACCAGAGCUACCAGCAACCACCCUUCGAGUCCAAACCUCACGAGACGGUCAAAUUCAAAGACGUCAAGCACAACAAUGGCUUCAAUGAAAUCCACGACGAGUACAGCAAGAAUCUAGUCCCACCACCACCAAGCACCCAGCAGGCAUUCCUUCCGACGAUCAUCAACCACCCGGAUCCCAGCAAGGAUCCCAUAGAGAUCCUAAACAAAUACAACAUCAACCCGCACUCGCCGCUGCAAGACGCUAACCGAUUCAGCUACGAAUCGUACGCAAGACCCAGCGCAUCCUCACAUACUCCCUCUUCAACGCCCACUUCCACCUCAACCUCAACCUCUACCCAUUACCCAAGCACCACCACCCAGCGUUCGCCAUUCUACUCACACACCAUCACCUUCAACGGCGAUCACAACAACUACAACACCCCGGUGCUGGUCACCCCCACCAACGAUGACUGGAUCGGUCGGGACAAAUUUAUCACCACCGAAAAACCAAACGUGUUCAAGCACCUGUUCCGUACCACCGAAAGUGAGUACAAACAGCACAAGCUGAUGCACCCCAGCUACACCGGACUCCCUCCGAACAAACGCCCCUCGCCAACAACUCCCGUGUCGAUCUUCGAUUCCUCCACCGAAGAACCGCUAAUCACGCACAGUUUCUUCACGAUCGAAGACGCCAUCUCCGAUCCUACUCUGCUCCCACCGCCCAACAACCGAAACCGAUACAAGUACACAACAGAAGCUGAAGAAAACCGCCUGGACGAACCCCAACCGGAGAUUGUAACCAUCGGGCCACAGUUCGUUGACUCGCAAGAAUUCGGCACCACCACCGUCUACCCGAUGUUCAAGAGCAAGGGCCGCAGGCGCCGUCCAAAGCCUCAAUCCACCACGGAAGCCUCAACCGAUACGGACUCCACCGAGAACCCUCGUCUGACCAACCGGUACCGAACGCGCACUCGCCCAACCACCGAAUCGGACAGCGAAGUCAAAACCACGCUGGCCCCGCCAACGUCCUACCUCGCGGAAGAAAGUUCGCUGAAAAAGCUGCGCAAAAAGCUCCCACCAAACUUCAACCGAAACCGACUCACCUCCGCCACCCGUGACGACUUCUCCUCGGAUCAAGAUCGUGUGAACAACGACCAGCUGGAACCCUCGGUCACGCAAAUACCACCAACGAUCUCGGUGAUAACAACGACCACCACAACCAGCAGUCCACUCUUCGCCAGCGAUAACAAUCAGCUGUUGAACGGUGGUGGCAAUGGACUUCGGUCACGGUUCCGACCAGCUGGAGGUGAACAGCAGCAGAAACCCACGCGAACCAAGCCAAAGGCGCCAACCAGCGACGAUCUAGAUCUGGAUCCAUUCCGAUCCACCGAGGUGACGCGUGAAAGUGAAAACACCCGCGUAAACUUCAAACUAGCCAACACCAAACCCAGUCUGCGACUCCCGUCUUCCUCGUUCACGUACAGCACCUCGUCCACAUCGGCCAGCUUCACCUCGGACGAGUCCAGCGCCGAAACGAACCGAACCCGACCGGAGCAGAACCGGCCUCGCUUCAGCAUCAAAGAGUACCGUAAUAAGCUAAACCGAACCACGACCACCACUCCAACGUCGAUCGUCACUUCGGACGUGGAAAUCACGACCCAGCCGGGAACGAAACUCCGCUUCCCCACCAGGAACCGCUUCCUGCUGAACAACCGCCCCAACAAAACCACCGACUCAAACGAAGUCCUUUCGUCACCCCCGAGCGGAUCAUCAAGCACCACCGAGAAACCUGUCAACAGCGAAUCAACGACAGUUAGAACAUCGUUCCGCCCAACGGGUACCCGGAGUAGCUACAACAACCGAUUCACGGUGAAGAAGGCUACAACGGAGUCUUCGCUCGCAGGACAGCAACCACCAGUAUCGACGACCACGUCCAGGAUUGUGAACCGCGGUCGGAUUCGGCUGCAGGAUACCACGACGCAAUCGACCCCAAACCGCACCGCGAACCCGUCCGUGCUCAACACCAGCACCCUGGCGAACCGUCGGCCAUCGAAGAUCAGCCUCCGGCAGCGCAUCCAGAACCACAACCGCAAAAAGGACUCCGAGCUGCGAGAGGUGGACGCCGACGGCAAUAGCCUCCUGCCGGGUGCGUCGUCAGACGAAACUAAAGGACCCGCCGACGAUCUGAUCGGUGCGAUCAACACCCAGAACGCGUACGACGAUACGCCGGCGGUGGCCGCAGGCCCAGUUCCGUCCUCCACCGAGGGUUACCGCCACCCGGAGACGGCCAUCAUGAAAAUAUCCCCCAAGGACUCGGCGUCCAACUCGUACAACGACGGCGACUGGGACCUGAACAGUGCCUCGUCGGAUUACUCCAAGCGGGUCGUCGAGCUGACGCUUUCCGCCAGCAAGGACAAGGGCUUCAAGUCGGUCAACAAGGGCCUGCUGUCGAGGCGGGUGCCCGGCUACUUCACCCUGGCCACCGAAGAUCCCAUCCUGCCGAUCGAGGCGUUCUUCCCGCAGGUCAAAAAGGUGGGCGCGUGACGGAAUUUACGGUGUGCCACUUUGAAGCGUUAUGAGUGUGCUGAAUGAAUGUGAAUUCGAGCGAGAGUGCGUGUUGCGUAAUUGAUGAAUGAGUCCGAAAUUAGGUGUUAUUUCAGAUUUUUUUUAGGAUAACGAAUGAUCACGAUGUUUGUGUGCGAUCUUGGUUGGUGUGAAUUGAAGGUUAUGAUUGUUGUCAUUAUUUUAUUUGUUGUCAUACAGCGGAAAGACUCUCACGAUUAGUCCUACACUUUCAUAACGCAACCUUGUACGUAUGUUAGGGCUUGUUUUACGGUAUCAUAUUUAAAUUAUUACCAGUUUGCGCUGCCUGAUCGCUAAACUAGGUGACUUCGAAUGGAAGGCGCACAGAGCUUGAAUAAUCUAGAGUAAAAUUUCAAUUUUAUAAUUUGUAGAAAACAAAAGGGCAAAUGAGAAAAAAAAAACCUCGGAAGACACCUUCGAAAGGUUUUGCUCGGACGCGGUUGAA